AAUGAGGGUACUUUUUGCCGUUUUCUCGCUCAUCAUGGCGUGCCAAGCCUACGACGCCGUCCUCUUCUCCAAUUCCAGAGAAAUUGGAGGAACUCCAGCCGCUAAACUCGUCGAAUCGGCCACCGCUGAGGAGCCCGUCGUCUUCAUUGUUAACCCAGAUUUCACUCUUGGUCAAUUCUCGGUAAAAGCCAACGCCUACACAUCUGAACCAUCGGCCGAUUACUUGGCAAAAUCUGUCAAAAACAGCAAUUUCCACGAAUCUCAAUACUUUUCACAUCAAAUUGAGGCCACCCAAGCUCAAUGGCUCAGCAGCGCCGAUCAAUACUCGGCCGGUUCCCCAAUCUACAUUAUCUACGGAGAAGAAUGGACCUCAAUGGAGCAGCUCGCCGAGCAAUUAAUCUCAAAAAUCGAUAACUCUGUCGGAAUUAUCACCUCCACCGACGCUGUUGCUCACGAGAAAUCAAGCCGUGUCAAGCGUGUCGCCACCGAUGAAUUUAAUUCCGAUUCGGAAAAUUCCGCCGCCGCUGAAGCGAAUGGUGGAUUCCCAUUCCCACUGGUUAUUCCACCAUACAAUCAAACAUUUUAUUCUGUCAAACCAACCAACGGACACUCAUGUCUUUUCUAUUUGGAGGGUCUUACUGUUGUCGUCGAGCAGAAAAAGGAGAAAGUGCUCUACUAUGCCAAUGCUUAUAUUCCAGGCUCAAACUUCACGUGGGCCUACUCGGAAACCGAUGUAACCUGCCCGAAUGGAACAAUUGGAGAUUUCAUUUUUAAGAUUCAUCUCACCCUCGAAAACGAUAUUACUGGAAUGCAGGGUACCAGCAAGAAGGCUUUCACAAUGAAAAAAGGAGAUAAAAUCGAUUUUGACCUCACUUUUACUGGAGAUUUGUUUGGUUAUUGGGCACUUAACAAGGCUUCGGCCAGUAAUCUUGCUAUCAGUGGAUAUGAUCCAUAUAAGAGUGCCUCCGUUGACGGCAGCAAAGUGGUAAAUGGCUCAGCAACCCAAUACACAAAGCUUAACUCAGUCGCCGGAUGGUCGUUGGCCUGUGGACAAUCUCAAGCAGUCUUUUUCCCAACAAAUGAACAAUCCGUCCGAAUUGGUGUGGCUCUUAUGAACACUCAAAUUCAACUUUUCAACUAUCAAAACCCCGAAAAAUGGGUCGAAUCUGCCCAUUUCACACUACAAACCGAAGAUUGUACUGGAACAUUCUCCUCGGGAUCCUGGAUGGGAAUCGUAUCGGCACUUGUUCUGAUUGCUGGCCUAAUGUUCGGAUAUGUUAUGCUUCAGUCCGUUCAGACAAUGGAUAGAUUUGAUGAUCCAAAGCAGAGGCAAAUUGUCAUCAAUGUUAGAGAAUAAAUCGAUAAAUAUUUCCCGGUUUCUGCUGGAAUAGGCUGAAAAUUUGGUAAUUUUCCGUUGUGAUUUUCCACUAAAAAAGAGGAAAGAUUCGAGCCAAUUCUAAGCCUAUUUCAGCGAAAAAUUUUAUUUUUUCGUCAUUUUUGUUGAAAUUUUUAGUCAUUUUCCCUUCCUCCUUAUUUUUUUCCAUAUUUUAAGGGUCCUUUUUCUCGAAAUUUUUCUAUUUCUAUCUCUAGCUUCUCCUUCCAUUAAUCAUUCCAGUUACCUGAAUUGACGGUGACGUUCUCUUUCCUUUGCUUAAUUCUCCCUAUUUUUCACUUUUUUUCUUGUACCAAAAACAAAUUACAUCAAAAAAUCCCCCAGAAAUUUACUAAUAUAAAUCGAUUUUUGUGUGAAUUUUCCACUAGUUGUAAUGUAAAUAAAUACAAAAGUAGAUGUGUUUUUUUUUGUUGUGAAAUUUAAUGAUUUUCAGCCCAAAAUUUGGGACUUAUUAUAAUUUGAUUUAUUUUCUCAUCAUGUAUAACUUGAAGUCUGCAUUUUUAGUCACAUAAAUAGGAUCGGUGAAAAA